UACAGUGCUUUGUAUGAAUUGUGAAGUUGCUGCAUUAUUACCAUGUUUACAAUAUGGGAAUCUUUUAAAAAUAUGGGACUAGGUUUGGGCUACUUUGAUGUCUGUCAGGACCUGCACAUCAAGACUAAUCUCACCCUAAAACCGUCUCUCCUCAGAUUCUUAAUUGUGGAAAUUCCUUCCUGCCUCCUUGCGUGUGGAACCCAAUCUCCAUAGCCAGGCCGAGAGGAAUCACUUGCCAUAGUGUUUGCCUUUUCCCCAACAUCGUCCUCCUGAUAUCUUUUCAUUGCUGUGGAAAACUGUCCAUGAACCAAGUGGGACUCUUGGACUGCAGAGUGCCCAUUUUUCUCCCAAGACAACCAACAGGAGUAGACUGCAACCCAUCAGCCUUUAAGGACUGACAUCAGUACAAGGGUGUGAGAGAGUCUGCACAGAGUCCCAUGGCUGUGCAGGAGCUGGGCAUCAGCCUGUCCAUGAUCGGCGUCGCCGGGACCAUCCUGAUCUGCGCUCUGCCCAUGUGGAAGGUGACAGCCUUUAUCGGCACCCAUCUGGUGGUCAUGCAGGUGUUCUGGGAAGGUCUUUGGAUGACCUGUGUCAGUGAGUACACAGGUCAGAUGCAGUGUAAGCUCUAUGAUGCCUUGCUGGAUUUGUCACCCGACCUCCAAGCGGCCCGCGGCCUCAUCUGCAUCGGCGUGGUGCUGGGAUGUUUGGGAUUCCUCAUCUUCCUUCUGGGAGCCCGCUGCACCAACUGCCUGAGCCACCCGAGGAUCAAAGCUCGGGUGGUGGUGAGCUCAGGGGCCAUCUUCUGCCUGGCAGCGCUCGCCACCAUCGUUGCUGUUUCCUGGACGGCCAACUCCAUCAUCAACGACUUCCACAACCCACGCGUCCCUGAGGUGCUGAAGAGGGAGCUCGGAGCAGCCAUAUAUAUCGGCUUUGUGACGUCUGGGCUGCUGUUCUGUGGGGGGGCCAUUCUGUGCACAAGCUGUCCACCGCAGAGGGCCAGGUUCCCUUCCAGUGGGUACACACCGGCCAGGACAAACACACACGGCAGCUAUGCCAUCAAGAACUAUGUGUGAGGUUAGGGCUGAACAGGCCGAUGGAAUUAGACCAUAGAUAUAAAAAAACAUAGCAUGUUUAUUAAUAUGAACAUGUUGUAAUUUGACACUAGAUUUGCCUUAUCCAUAGUUUUUUUCUUCAUAAAAUUCUGUCCACAAUGGUGGUCAUACCAACCAUUUGCCA